AUGGCUUCAGACCGUCCUGAUCUACCUGAAGGAUUCUUGGGUGCUCAGCCAAGAUUUAGUGAACUGAAACUACGAACGGAUGCACAUGAUGAUGCAGAGAUUCAUAUCUCUGGCGACAACAAUGUUAUCAUUAAACUCAUUGCUGAGGAGUCUGUCAAGGUGGUGACCAAACUCUUUCAGGUGGUUUCAGACAAGGAACUUCCAGACUUUACUUUCAUACAAAGAAAAGACAAGCACAACGUUGAGUUCCACGUCAGUUUUCCUGAAAAUGGCUGGUACAAGUUCAUGAUAUUUGCCUUGAAAGAGACUGAUACCUCUGAAUCAUUGCCGAACGUUUAUAACUACUUGAUCUACGCUAGCGACCUCAAGGAUCCAGCCCAAGGUUACGCGAAGACAUUCACCAAGUUUUAUGCGGAUUGCUGCUACUUAUAUGAGCCUCUAACUCUCAACGCGAAAUCCAAAGAUCUGACCAAAGUUAAGUUUCAGCUUGAUGUCCCUAAUGCUAAUAAAGUGGCCGUACAUUGUGUUCAGGAGUGGUUUCAUCUUGUCCAGAAUGAUGGUUACUGGGAAGGAACCGCCGACCUCUCCAAGUACCGGGGCAAGAAUAGUAAGGUCAAAGUUAUGGCUAACUAUGCCAAGGAUGGAAAUACUUACAGCGCACUUUUGGAAUAUGCCAUCUAA